CAUAAAAUGGGAAUGCAUCUUUAAUUUAUUUUGUUCUCAUUUCUCCACUUUAUCAAAAUGUCAUUGACAAACAGGCCAAAACCUUGUUAACUGUAAGAACAAAAUAAUUAAGAUAAGCUCAAUCAUAUAUCGUAAGAUUCACGUUUGUCAAGGGAUAAACUCUUAUAUAAGUGACACUAAGCGGUAUACUAUAAAUGCCACUAGCAAGGGAGAGAGAGAACCAUCAAAUAUCAAGUUUGAAGUUGGCAAGAUACUAGUUUCUGUUUGUUUGCAUGAAAAUGGAUGCCAUAUUGGGUUCCCUAAUGAUUUUAGUGAUGACUUCAGCAGUACAAGCCCAAUUGAAAACUGGGUUUUAUUCUACUUCAUGUCCAAAUGCUGAGGCAAUAGUACGGUCCACCGUUGUAUCCCACUUCAGCAAGGAUCUAACCAUUGCUCCUGGCCUGCUCAGGCUUCAUUUCCAUGAUUGCUUUGUCCAGGGAUGCGAUGGUUCAAUUUUAAUUGCAGACUCUUCUGCAGAGAAGAAUGCAUUGCCAAACAUUGGUCUAAGAGGUUUUGAAGUGAUCGAUGACGCAAAAUCACAAAUAGAGGCCAUAUGUCCUGGAAUUGUCUCAUGUGCUGACAUCCUAGCAUUAGCAGCUCGUGAUGCUGUCGAUUUGAGUGAUGGCCCAAGUUGGCCAGUACCCACAGGAAGAAGAGAUGGGAGGAUUUCUUUAUCAUCUCAAGCCUCAAAUAUGCCUUCACCACUUGACUCAGUUUCAGUCCAGAGGCAAAAAUUUGCGGCGAAAGGUCUAGAUGAUCAUGAUCUUGUCACGUUAGUUGGUGCACAUACUAUAGGCCAGACAGAAUGCAGGUUCUUCAGCUAUCGUCUAUACAAUUUCACCACCUCUGGUAGUGCUGAUCCCACUAUAAACGUAGCUUUCUUAGCUCAACUUCAAGCACUUUGUCCAAAAAAUGGAGAUGGCUUGAGAAGGGUGGCCUUGGACAAAGAUAGCCCAGCCAAAUUUGAUGUUAGUUUCUUCAAGAAUGUACGUGAUGGUAAUGGGGUUCUUGAGUCAGACCAGAGGUUGUGGGAAGAUUCUGCUACUCAAAGUGUGGUGCAAAAUUAUGCUGGGAAUGUUAGAGGGUUUCUGGGGUUGAGAUUUGACUUUGAAUUUCCAAAGGCUAUGAUUAAGUUAAGCAGUGUAGAGGUGAAGAUUGGUACUGAUGGAGAGAUCAGAAAAGUGUGUUCAAAAUUUAAUUGAUGCCUUUAUGGUUGGUUUGGCAAGACUCAAGAGCUAUAAAUGAUAAACAAAAUAUUACUUGAUGUACCAAUGGUGUAGGAUAAGUAUUGAUGGACACCCAAUAUAUUAUUAUACACUUAAUGAGAGAGAGAAAAAAAACAUAGAUAUCAUAGGUAUUAUUAUGUGACAUGAAAAAAGAGAUAAAAAGAAAUUAUAGAUAUUAGUUAGGUAUUUAAAAAGUGUGGGUAUAUGUUUAUCGUUACUCAAUUGUGAAUGAAGAAUAAAAGCAAAUAAAAUAUUGGCUAUUGAAAAAUGUAAAAA